GGUGGCACAGCAGCAGUCGAGGGCAGGACGGCACAGGGAGGGAACGCUGCCUUGGAGCGCGGCGUGCGCACCGAAGGGACGCGUUGAUUGACAGUCGGAGGCACGGAGCGCUCCGUGCGGCACACAAACGGAGCACGCUAUUCUACCCGGCCCGUACCGUCUCAGCAAAGGCAACUCUGUGAAAUACCAGCCAGAUCAGCCUGGCACAAAUAAAGCAGGCUCUAUCCAUCCCCUGGGCUCGGAGUCUUUUCACCGAAUAAACGGGAAAAAGCAACGCAGCAGCUAUCCCAUCCCGUCGUUACCUGUCCAGCCAUAACUGGACACACUCUGGGCUAACCUGACGUUUUCAAAGUAUCCUGGAAACGGGAGUGGAUGGACACUUUGCAAUCUGAGAAGAUUUUGUCGGUUUCUUUUUUUAUGGAGUAAAAGGACUGCGACUUUCUUUCGGGAUCAUUUUGGGGUUGAUUUUUGUUUUUUUGUUAAAUUCAACAUAAAUGUGAAGCGUUCGUGAGUCAAGUUACAAACCCUGGAGCCUGUAAACACUCCUUUUCAUUAUAUGUAAUUGGAAUAAUGGCCAGAUAAUCAGGAGACUCUCGGGAGGAAUUUUGGUGCGUAAUUUGUGCGAUGUGUGCGUUUGCUGAGCCGCAGAAGUAGUUGUGCCUCCCUUCAUUUUACGUUAAAUACCCCGUUUUUCCAUGGAGUAGGCUAAAUCACAGGUAAAGACUUAUAAAGGAGCGGGUUUAUUCUCUGUCGCCUGGAACAACCAGGCGGAUCUGAUGCGCAGAUUCUCCAUAGUUUAUGGUAAAUGACCAAUGGGGAAUCAUGAACAGCUCUUCUGAACUCGAAGAUGGGACUCGGCAUAAAAACCAGACGUUCUGUGAGUGUGUGCCCAGCUCCUCCCAGCUCAAACACCGCUGGUCAGACUCAGAAACUGCCAGAGAGACCCCGGCCAAGAGGAUGAGCUGCAGCUACCUGCUGUGCACUAUUCUGCUCUUCGUAGCUGUGUUAUUGGCUGUCACUGUAACCGGCACCAUCCUUUUUAUGAAUCACUACCAGGCCCCACCCAUGUCCGAUGGCCUACCACACAUCUCUACCAAUCAGGAUGAAGCCAAUGCCCUGGUCACCGUUGAGAGAGGCGAUGGCUCUCGCAUCAACAUCUUCAUCGACCCCAACUGUCCCGACUACAACAGUAACUUUUUGCGCCUGGAGGGCGUGCAGACGUCACUGCUCCACUCACUAACCGACCACGACUCUGAUCUGAAGUCGGUGAAAGGCCAGGAUCGAGCUCUUCUCGUCAGUCUGGCUGAGGAGGUGGCCAAGCUGUCGGCCCACGCGGGGCAACUGAAAAUGGACUAUGAAUCGUUGCGCAGGGGGCAGGGCAGCCUGGGGCAAGACCUCAACACGCUGCAGACGGAGCAGGGACGCCUCAUACAGCUGCUGUCCGACAGUCAGAUCAACAUGGUGAAGGUGGUGAACUCAGUGAGCGAUGCUCUUAACGCCAUGCAGAAGGAGAACGUGGGGCUGAAGGCGCGUGUCAAGGCUGAUUUGCAGAGGGCGCCGGUCAGAGGGGCGCGAUUCAAGGGCUGCGCCAACGGCUCACGUCCCCGUGACUGUGGUGAUCUGUACGCCAGUGGUCAGAGAGAGGACGGCAUCUACUCAGUGUUUCCUGUUCACCACCCCGCAGGCUUCCAGGUCUACUGCGACAUGACCACAGACGGAGGAGGCUGGACGGUGAUCCAGCGCCGCGAGGACGGCUCCGUCAACUUUUUCAGAGCCUGGGAGUCGUAUCGGGAGGGAUUUGGCAAGAUCACUGGUGAACACUGGCUCGGGCUGAAGCAGAUCCAUGCACUGUCCAUCCAGGGGAACUACGAGCUCCGUAUCGACUUGGAGGACUUUGAAAAUAGCACCGCUUAUGCCCAGUAUGGAACAUUUGGAGUAGGCCUCUUUUCCGUCGACCCUGAUGAUGAUGGAUAUCCUUUGACUGUCGGAGACUAUUCUGGCAAUGCAGGCGACUCUCUGCUGAAGCACAACGGGAUGAAGUUCACCACCAAAGACAGGGAUAACGACCACUCGGAGAACAACUGCGCCUCCUUCUACCACGGCGCCUGGUGGUACCGUAACUGCCACACCUCCAACCUUAAUGGCCAGUACCUGCGCGGCCAGCACACCUCCUAUGCCGACGGCAUCGAGUGGUCCUCCUGGACUGGCUGGCAGUACUCCCUCAAGUUCUCCGAGAUGAAGAUACGACCUACCCGCGACCAAGAAAAGAAAUGAAAGAGACAAAAGAAGAAGGAGGUUUUUUUUUUUUAAACAUUACCAACCACAGUUUCUGACGGCUCGGCGGAGUUACUCGUCUUCAUAUUGUUUAUUCACGUAAACUCUUUGAGUUCAUUUGACUCUGCUGUUUGCCUCCUGGUGUUGUUCCCUUUGUGCUUCUCCUCCUCCAUCACUCAGCUACUAGUGUCAUGCUGGCUACCAUUAUCCUUCCCCCCGCUCCCUUUCUUUAAAAUAAUAAUAACAUACCCAUCACCGUGCAUAUUUGUGAUCAUUCAGCUCACAAAAGCAACAUGCCAGAGCUCCGAAUCCACAGUCCACUGCGCUAGCUUUACUCAGUCUGACACGGUGGUCCAAGCAUUGCCUGCAGGAUCACACCCCAGUAAUUCGCUCCUGACAUGUAACUCUGACCUCCCAUCUGUGCUGACACGGCACUACAACUGUGGUUCAGUCUCGCUGCCCACCGCUGUAUAAUCUGUGAAUGGAGAGGGUUGCUGCGAAUAUAGCAGAAACAGACAAACCCUUCACAAAAAUAUGACACGGGGACACAAAUCCUCUGCAGACGGAGUCCAGAGUGUCACCUGUGAGAAGGGACAGCGCAGUGGGACACUGUGUCACAUUUACAUCCUUGAUCUGUGUGAACGAGACCCAACAGGGUAGUGGCAAGAAGUGCAGGGCCUCAGAUAGUUAGAGGGAGACAGAGACAGAGAGGACGAGGAAACAAUUUGACAAGAGGUAAAUUAGUCGUAGGAAAAAGGGGGCAGAGUAAAUCAAAGGGGAGUGAGGAAGUGGAAGAAGAGGAGGUGCAAAAAAAAUAAGAAAAAGAAAGACAAUGGAGGAUCUCAUGCAUCUGACUUGGACCAUUAGGGAGCAUAUUGGGCACUUUGUCUGAUCUGCCUGCCAGCUGAGUACUGGCCAACUGAUGCAGCAUUCACAGAUGGUAACCCAGCACUUUGUGUGUGUGUGUGUGUGUGUGUGUGUGUGUGUGUGUGUGUGUGUGUGUGUACGUGUGUGUGUGUGUGUGUGUACGUGUGUGUGUGUGUGUGUGUGUGUGUGUGUGUGUGUGUGUGUGUGUGUACGUGUGUGUGUGUGUGUGUGUACGUGUGUGUGUGUGUGUGUGUGUGUGUCUACGACAGAGAGCGACAGACAGAGUUAUCUAAUAUUAUCAAUUUCCUGUCAUGAGUUUAGUAGAGCGUCUCUACAAUGUUUAGCACAGACGGACUAAACAUGAUGCAUGGCUGCUAUACUUUCACUCCAUGUCAGUAGCUAACAUGAAAUAACAACGCCCGUGAUGUGUGUACGUGUAACAGGAAGGUCAACAACUAUUUGAAAGAGGAAUCCCAGGCUGUGUUAUACCAUCCAGAGUUCAUCUUAUUUUCUUGGACCUGUUGUUACAUCUUUACUCCCCCCCCCCCCCCCCCCCACAUGCCCCCCUCUUUGCUUUGUCUUUUCUUUCCAGGUGAUUCUUACAGGAUGUGUUUGUGUGACUCGGUGUCUCUUGUCAUGCAAAGGUUGAGAAAGUUGCUGUAAAAUAAGAUUUGACACUCUCAACCUCUCAGUAGGAACUCUACAAUGUGUUAUGGCAAAAACUAAAUCUGCCUAAAGCAAACAAAAAAAGGAAUAAUAGAAAACAGAAAAAAAAAUGUCAUUUGUUUUAUUUUAGUCGGUGAAUCAACUUUUUUUUGUUUCAUCGGGUUUAUUUGGAUGUACUAAAAGCUUUAAAAAAAUAUCUGUAGAUUUUAUUGUACAGUGUGUAUGACUUUUAGAGCAUGUGAAGCUGUUUUCUUACUAUGCUAAAACACAAAGAAUACUCAAACACAUGGACUUCACAAAACCACCGGUUUAAAAAAAUAAAUAAAGAAGUGAAAUGAGGAGUAUUUACAGAACGCUUUUCUCUACCUGAACAAGAGGGAGCGGCCCGAGCUGCUCUGCAGGUUGGAUACGAGUGAAGAGGAGGAAUGUGAUUAUCCCUAAAGCACAUGCCUGUUCAAAUCUGCAGCACAAAUAUAAAUAUUUUAUGGAGGCACAACAUGAGAGAGAUUUUAAACCUCCUGGCACAUUCGCUGCCUUGCUGGACAUACGUGAUCUUUCUGACAUCUUGGUGUUGGAAAGUCUCGUGGCACAGGGAGACAGCUGACAGUGAGCUAACGCACUGCACACCUCUGACACUGGAACAGCUGUGAGUUGUUUUGUCAACGCAGGUGCUCGGAAAGGGUCUCCCGUCGCUGCGUGUGUUUCUGCAGCACCUUGGCUGUGUGCAUACAGCUAUAUGUCAUGUCUCUUCAAAAUCAAAGCACAGACACAUGCUACAAAUACUUGCUGAUGUUAUUAUAGCACAGAGUGUGAGGUUUGAUCAUGUCAGAGGAUACAGCAAGUUGGAAACUGGACUGCGCGUGAGAACCGUAUGCAAACGUGUGUGUGCGUGUGUGUGUGUGUGUGUGUCCUCUGUGUUAGACAGAGGGCGCGUGUGUGAGCGUGUGUGCACAUGUGUGUGUCUACAGUGUCUCUGUGUGUACACAUAUAUGCACAUGCUUUGGUUUGUACAUGCCUAAUGUGCAUGAGCCAGACGACGGAGCGGGAGGCCGAGUGCGUCUCUCUGUGGAAUUUUGAAGUAAUGUGAUGCUUAUGUACAACUUGCCUCCCCUGCUGUUUGUGUUGAUAACAGAGAGAUUUACAUAAUUAUAAUGAACUAUUACUUAUUGUGAUUGUGAACCCAUAAGAGUGGACACCACCUUCUACUGUGUUGAACUGCGCUCGUCCCCCCCUCAGAACCCAGAGGACCCACCUUCAUUCACCUGCAGCGUUGUGCUCACUGUAUAUGUUGAUGCUAUGUUGCCCCUUGUUAUUUAAAUGUAAAGUAUUAUUUGCCAUGCACCUUUCUGUGAGUGAAUGCCUUUGUGGUCACUCUCUCUGCAGCAGCUUGCUACGUUUCCAACGGAGGAGAUGAUAAAAGAGUGAAAUCAGAGGCUCUAAUCAUUUCCAGUUAUCCCGCUCAUUACAGUGCAUCAGCACCGCCUGAUCGAUCCCACAGGUCUCCAAGCCUUCUAUCUUUCUUACUAUGUACCUCCUUAAUUGCCUCAGCCUCUGCUGCCAAUUCCCCCUCAUUCCUCAUCGCUCCUAAAUUCUCUUCCCAGCUCCUGACUCCCUGCCUCUUUAUUGCUCUGUUUUCUUGUUGUGUUGCCCCUCUCUCCUCUUCCCGGGCCUCUGUCCUCCCAUUCCUUCAGUCCCAGCGCAUAACUCUGUUUCCUUUUCUUUUUCGUUUUGGUGAAGUACUAUAGAUUGUUUUUUGCUGAAUCUUGAUACUGUGUUUUAAUGUUCUUGUCAACAUUUAAUAAACAUUCACAUUUUAUAAAUGGGGAACACCCUGA